UGAGAAAAAAAUUAAAAGUGUGUUACAAUGAUUGUUUAGAGGAAAAGCAAUCGGGAAAUGUUAGUUUCACUUCGUAAGGUACAUAAAUAUAUUUUUUAUUGCAGUUUAAAGUUUUUAGGUUUUUUUAUCUGUCUUUGAACACUACGAAAUGUCGCCGCCAUGCUAAUGACGUCAUUACGGUAGUAAACAAAAGUGUCAGCUGUCAGUGUCAACUUGGUACUACAAACGUGUAAACUGGCUUAAUUUCAUUUCACAUUCUUAAAAAAUAACUAUAAUCAUUCAACAUCAUGGAAGUGGGUUACGUUAAAGGUGACUCCACAAAGGAGAUUGCCACGGGGCAGGUCCCUUUUGUGGUAUCGUGUGCCUGAAUGGAAUAAUAACCUAAAAAUAUUGUUUAUUUUUUUGUUUCCAAAUUAUUUUUUAUACAAUUUCUUUCACCCUGGGAAUAAAGUUAAAAUUAAUUAAUAGUUAAACAUUACGUCGACAUCCGUUUGAUUGGUAAACAAAAAAAAGUUGCCAGAUAUCAAAUAACUAUUGAAAAUUACGUAUUUUAAUCAAUAGAGUAAUCGAUAUCAAAACAAAACAGUUAUUAAAAAUAAAAAAAUACAAUUAUUUUUAAUUAUUAUUCUAACUAUAUUCAUGAUAAGUCUAUAUUGUUGAACAGAUAAGAUAAGAUAGAUAAGAUAAGAGCGAUUUUAAAUUAAAAUAAAAGCCUUACGUAAUUUAAAAACUUAAAUCGAUUUAUUAAUGAUUAAAUAUAAUUGCUCUGGCAACAUUUACUUGCGCAUGUCACAUCACUUUGACGUUCGUUCGUUGUGUGUUCGUGAUUGCUUUGUAUAAUACGUUGAGUUUUGAAUUCCGUAUUUACUUAGUUAUUAUUUACGAUACGUGCCUUUCUGCUACCACCGAGUUGAGCUAAUAAGUUCCUCGCGUACUUACUUUAUGUUUUGUGAGAUAAUUGACUCCUCUUUGUGAGAUAUUGACUCUAAGUGCUUGACUCUUGUUUGUGCUGUUCUUUGUGAGAUAAAGUGCUAUUCUUGGAGAACAAUUUGACUCUUAGUGAAAUCCUUGUGUGAUAUUGAACUCCCGAACUGUUUUGUCAGAACUAUGUCUACCCCAGCCAGAAGUCGGGCACACCGCCUGUCUUACCGACGCUGUAUUAACUGUUCCCUUUACUAGCGUCUAAUUUACGCCGGUAUACAGUUGAGGAGUUGAACGAGCAAAUGACAGUUCUUCUACGAACUUGGACAACGCCUACACCUGUAACGUCAGAUGAUAUCCUAUGUAUUGAAUGUUAUUUGCUGUUGCAAGAAAGGAUAUUGUCAAAUAUAACUGGAUCCCACGAGGAUAUAUCACCUGCAUAUGGUCACUUAAAUGUUUGUUAUGGAUGUGGUAUCUCUGUUGCAAGUCGGAGAACCCACAGAGUUGAGUUAGACUGUCCACAACGUAGCAUGAUUUUAAGAUGGACUUUAGCACAUCUGGUUCCACAUUUACAAAAAGUGUGCAUUCCUUGCUGGUUAGCAGCAACUCGGGAGACGAGACGUUUGGAGGUUCAAGAUUCAAACAGACCUGCAAGGGUCAUGGAUGCAGCUCUAUCUUCAUUAGAAGACCCCGAGAUACCUGAACCACCUCCAAUGCCAGCUCCAACAUCUCAACCACAACAAGCAUUACGAGUUCAAUCUAAGAUUAACUCACAAAAGUAUAAACGAGUUGCUGCAGCUUCUCGUCACUGUAUGUUUGUAGGCUGUGAUAAUGAUGAACGUCUUUUAGUACCUAUGACUAUAAAGGAACUGUUGUUAUUGCAGUACAAUAUAUAUAUACCUUUAAAUGCUAGAAUCUGUCAUCACCAUUUAUAUAGCAAUCAGUGGGAUGAACUGACUACCAACCUAAAUGACUUUACUAGCUUUCAAGUUGAUGAUAUAUUUUCCAUACUGGAAAGAGCUUCUCAAAGAAGUUUAGAUUUUAAUAAUAUUGCAGCAAUGGAUGCACAUUUACGCCAUUAUUGGCUGGGACUUACAGAGAUGCAGUUUAAUGAAAUAUUAAAUAGCCUUCCUACUUUACAUAAUAAGGUUAGAAAUCCUAGCCUUGCAUUAAGCACAUUUCUUGUUAAACUUAGGACAGGGGACAGCAACCAAAGACUGGCAACUCUUUUCAAUUGCCACGAUCUACAUUAGAAAAAAAAAUGAACAUUGUUAGGGAAUGUUUAAAAGAACAUUUUGUACCAAUGCAUUUGGGAGUUAAUCACACUAAUAUACAAAAUGUGGCCUCACGUAACAGGACUAUUCCUGAAGGUCUAUUCGGAGACAGUAGCAUGGCUCCAGAUUCUAAACCUGCUAUUGUCAUAUGUGAUGGUACAUAUGUUUAUGUACAGAGUAGUAGUAACUACAAAUAUCAGAAACAGACAUAUAGUCUACACAAAUAUAAUAAUUUGGUUAAACCCUUUUAA